AAAACUAAACAAGAAGAAGAAUAAUUAAGAGGAACACAACUCCUGGCAGCUACAAAUGCUGAGAUAACUAAGAAUUUUGUAUUGUUUUGUGAAGAAAGAGACGUGUUACCUAGUGCAAUGGCCACGUAUUCCAAUGCGCACUGGCUCCUCUCGCACAUACGCAACUCAUUCAUCUCCACAGAUGAUACGGGCAUAUGCGAGACCGUAAUGCUGAGCGACGAUAUGCCCAAGCAUUAUUUGCGGAAAUUUCAAACUGCCAACCCAGCGAUGGAAGCCUAUAGACGCAGCCAUCGAGCCGCGCAGCAGCGUAAAUCGCAAGUUCCCAAAACUCCAGACACUGCCACGCCUAUGCAACGAACUGCUCCAUUGCAGCAUAUGGUGCCACCGCGAAUAGCGGAUCCGCCGCUGCAAGAGGUCGAUUUCGUUUGCUACCCGGGACUCGAUCUGAGCGAUGACGAGGAUCUAGAUAUGUCGACGCAUUCGUUUGACAUACAAAUGUAUCCCGAAGUGGGCGCCCAUCGGUUUCGCUCGAAUACAGCACAGAAACUCGAAAAACUGGAUAUAGCCAAGCGCAAAGCGGCGCGAAUUAAAAGCGUCAACUACAAUGAGGAAGUGGUCCCGCCGGAUCGCAAAGAUUUCUUCAAGCGAAAAGUGCUUAACGAACAACCCAUUGAUAAGCCCUCCACAUCAGCCGCCGCUGCAGCGGCUGCGGCAGCGGCAGCAGUACGAGCAACAAAAGUGAGCCGAACGGAAACAGCCAGCGAUGAUGAAGUUUCCGAAGGUCGAGUCAGGAGCAAGCUGUCGGAGCAGCUAGCCAGAAGUCCGAAACAGGCACAGAAUCGUUUCAUUGAGUAUGCGCGCUUCGAUGGCACCGCCCAGGUGGGGAUGCCCACGAAGCGAAUAAAUGUUUAUGUAAAUAUGCUGCCCGAGCCGGAGCGCAAUUACCCGCUCAAGAUCUGUGUGCUAUCUACGGCGAAGAUCAUAGAGGUCAUUGGCCUGGUUUGCUACAAGACUACCCUACAGUAUCCAGAUGCAGUGCAGCUGCAAUCUGUGCAGCAUUAUGCAUUGUAUAUGACGGAGGACAACGAUGACAUGGAUGAUUUCCCGCCACUAGACAAUCGUGAGCCAUGCUCCAAAUUUGGCUUCUCGCAUUUGACUUUGGCCGAACGAAGGCCCUUGGCGCCCGUCACCCGCAUUGACUAUCACAAUCAGCUGGGCACAAAGUCCAUGACAUCCGAGGAGGAUAAGGCGGCAAUGGCGGAUGCUGCACUGCAUGCCCUGCAAAACAUCAAUUUAAAUGGCGAUGUGCCGGAUGCGGGCGGAGGAGACAGUCCGCCGGAUCAUGUCAAGGAGUAUGAGCAGCGCCUGCUUAAUCACAAUGAUAUGCUGGAGGCACCCAUGCAUCGCACCUAUCGAGUCAGCAUCAUCGGCAGACCCUUCUUCAAGUAUGAUGCGACGCUGGCCGUCUCAGGGGAACGCAUUGAGAUCGAUCAGCUCAAUAACCAUUUCUUUAUGCAUCGGAAGCCUCUGUCGACGCCCAUUGACUUGGUGGCGCACUGCGAGAUUGUGGACCAGGGACAGCAGAGGGCGAUGCUGCGCAUUUGGCUAAAAGCUAACUCUUCCAUCAGCCUGCCCAUUAGUUGCACCUCGGCACCCAGCAUGACGAGCAUCACGAGCGGGAACGGUGUCUACUCACCUGCCAAUUCGCGUUCCCCGUGGAUGCACUCUAGUUCACGGUUCGGCGUUACCACCAUAUCCAACAUUCGUUUCAAGCACUAUGACUUCGUUACGGACGUGCAUACGGCGGAGCAGAUACGCAACAAACUGAACUGCAUACUGGAGAUGCGUGCCAGCGAUGUACGGCGCGAGUUCCUGCUGCAUCGCGAACGGAAACAGAAGCAGCUGGCCAAGCGCCAGCUAAAGUUGUAGUAUUGUGUUCCUAUAUUGCUGGCCAGGCUGGGCCGCCUCGCCUCGGGUUGUUCGGUGUGCCGCCUAGCGUGCAAUAGACGCAACUCUUGAGGCCAAACUACUUUUGUUUGUCGUUGACCGCCGGCUAAUUAAACCGCUCCCACUCCUUCCCUCCUCUCACUCUCUCCCAACUCCAAUUUUCCCGCCUAGCUUCCUCCAUACAUCCGUUGAAGUUGUAUUUUAGUUGCUAACCUAAAGAGGCGUGUGCUACACACGUUUCGCAUAGCCUAUAAGUAUUUAUUGAAACACUUAAGUAACUAAAAACCAAUCCGAAGUGCAAAAUGAAAAAUAAAUAGCAUCAAAGUUCACAAUUAUGCUGAAAGACAAA